UUCCAGGCAUCCCCUCGUCGUGGUGCAUAUAUAUAUUGAAGGCCUGAAAUGGCUGAACAUUGGGCAGAAGGUUCAAAGCAUGCUUCUGCACAAGCAUCGUAUUCUAGAUAUCAAGCAACAUCUGCAAGAUCUAGGCAAAGGAACAUCUUCGAUCUAUUAGCUCAGCGAGAGAUUUCCCCUCGAACAAAACACCAAGCUAAAAAACUUUGGAGCAAAUCUCCAGGAAAUGAUGCUGAUUCCAAUGAACUAAGAUAUGCAGCUACAGAUGCUAAACAUGAUAUAUAUUCAUGGGCAGAAUCACAGUCCCUGCAUCACUGGUCUGCCAAAUAUUGUCCUCUUUUGCCACCCCCCAGGUCUACUAUCGCAGCUGCAUUCAGCCCAGAUGGGAAAACACUUGCAUCUACACAUGGUGAUCAUACUGUUAAAAUAAUUGACUAUCAAACUGGGAAAUGUUUGAAAGUGCUGAGUGGACAUCGGCGCACGCCUUGGGUGGUUAGAUACCAUCCAUUACUUCCUGAUAUCCUUGCUAGCGGUAGUUUGGAUCAGGAAGUCCGUCUUUGGGACGCUAAAACCUCAGACUGUAUUGGAUCUCAGGACUUCCAUCGGCCAAUUGCAUCAAUAGCAUUUCAUGCAAGGGGGGAGAUUCUGGCAGUUGCAUCAGGUCACAAACUGUACAUAUGGAACUACAAUAAAAGAGAUGAGGCUGCUGCUCCAACCAUUAUAUUAAGAACCCGCCGCUCACUAAGAGCUGUCCAUUUUCACCCCCAUGGUGCUCCAUAUCUUCUUACUGCAGAGGUUAAUAAUCUUGAUUCUGCGGACUCACCAUUGACCCUUGCAACCUCUUCGGGCUAUUCAAACUAUCCCUCGGCUGUGUUUUUUGCAAAUAUUAAUUCCAGAAACUGUCCACAUCAUGAGGCUAAUUCAUCAUCACCUUGCUUGCUUUGGCCUGCAUACCUCAGGGAUGAUGGAAGUUUAUGUCUGAUUCGCAAUGACUUGGUUAGUAGUUCAACCAAUGUGCAUCAGAGACCAUCAUCUUUAGCUCAAAAUCCAUUGGCAUCAGAUGUUGAAAAUCAACAGCCUGACCAACUUGUCACGCCUAUGGAUGUGUGCCCUGGAGAACCAUCUACUUCUCAUGCUUCUGCAUCUGGUUUAAGUGGAGUUGAAAUGCAGAUUGACAGGGGGCAACCUAGCUCCAGAUUACUGGGCAGUAGCUCCACUAGUAAUCAUGAGAGUUCUACUGCUAGAGAUGAUGUGCAAAUGCCCUCCCUGAGCAACAGCGUGCCGAUUCCAGCAACAUCUCAGCCUUCAGAACAUGAUGGCCGUCAUGGUAUGCCAAUGAAUUCGUUUACCACUUCUAGUGGAUUAGAUGUUCACAUGAUCCUAAGAAAUUCAGAGGGUGGAAAUCAUCAUCAUGAUCUCUUCAGUGACUCGCGUAGCUGGGAGCUUCCCUUUUUGCAGGGCUGGUUCAUGGCCCAAAAUCAUACAGGUGCUUCUCCAUCUAUUCCGAUUGAUGUCGGCAGUUCUAGAGGAUCAAAUCGACAUCAUGCUUCUCGUCGUCAUGUUGUGGGCUCAUUACGUGGGGUUGGGAGUUCACUUCUAGGCCCCCAAAUUGAUGAAGCUGAGGUUCAUGCUGCAUCAUUAGGUGUUGGAUCUGAACUUACUACCUCACUGCUUGCUGCUGGAGCUGCUGAAUUACCUUGCACAGUGAAGCUUAGAAUAUGGCGGCAUGAUAUCAAGGAUCCAUGUGUUACAUUGGAACCCGAGGCAUGCCGGUUGACAAUUUCUCAUGCCGUUCUCUGCAGUGAAAUGGGUGCCCAUUUUUCCCCUUGUGGACGAUUUCUGGUAGCAUGUGUUGCCUGUUUGCUGCCUCAAACUGAAGGCGACCGUGGUAGCCAAUUGCCUGUGCAGUAUGAUUCUGCAGGGGCCGGAACAUCACCAACUCGUCACCCUCUCCCUUCUCACCGAGUUAUUUAUGAGCUCCGAGUUUACUCUCUUGAGGAGGCAACGUUUGGCAAAGUUCUUACAUCAAGAGCGAUAAGGGCAGCUCAUUGCUUAACUUCCAUCCAGUUCUCACCCACUUCAGAGCACAUACUAUUGGCAUAUGGUCGUCGUCAUAACUCUAUGCUUAGGAGCAUUGUGAUGGAUGGGGAAACUGGAAUUCCUGUAUAUACUAUCUUGGAGGUCUAUAGAGUAUCGGACAUGGAGCUGGUAAGAGUUCUUCCUAGUGCUGAAGAUGAAGUAAACGUUGCAUGCUUUCAUCCUUCCCCUGGAGGUGGUCUUGUUUAUGGGACCAAGGAAGGAAAGCUCAGGAUCUUGCAGCACAAUGGUGCAGAUAUCACAAGCACAGGGUUGAAUUGCUUUAUCGAGGAAAAUAUGCUUGAGAUUCAGAGAUAUGCGCUGGAAGGCUGAACGAUUGGUUGCCAUGUGUUAUGUGUACUUCUCCAGGAAUUUUCCUCUGCAAAGUUUAUCAUUGUACAAGUGAGCCUCAAGGAAAUCAUCAGAUUUCAGCAAAGUCAUGGCAGAUUCUCAAAUGAGUUUGCUAGAGUGCCUUGGGGAUAGGUCUGUGCAGAGGGAGUUGGAAGAUGUAAAUCAACACAACCAUGUUGCUGCUGUCAAGUCAUCACGAUGCUGUAAUUACAGAAUUGUACAUGUAAUCUUUAAUCAACUUAACUUGUAUUUUAGAAAGCACACAAUGCUAACCCUUUUCUUUUCAAUGGCAGAGGUAUUUAUUGUUCCCCUUGUAUUUUUCGUUGUGUAGUCUUUUAUUCCUUGACGGGGUACCAAAUGCCAAUGAUUAAAGUAACUAAUCAUCAAUUCAUCUUUGGUUCAAA